UCACGCCCGCCUGACCCGAAAGAAAGUCUCGCGUGGAAAGGCGGGAUCUCAGUGGAAGGAGGGCUGCAUGGGAGCCGGAGAGACAAAACAAAAGCUGCACAUUUCAACCAACAGGCGCUGGUCGCUCUUUUUCUUUUUAUGUAAAACAAAAACCAAAUCGACUCGAUUUCCGUCGUGAUUUCUGUUCAACGGCAGUAUUACACAAGUUCUGCACCAUGCCCAGUAGCACGUCUUUGCUGGAGGCCGAAGAGGGAGAGUCCGAGGUCCCACCUCCGCUAGUACACGCUUUCGCCGGUAUGGGCCUCGAGGAGCACCACGCUACCCAGAGCCAGACCCCCGAACACGGAGAUGAAACCCUCUCCUUUCACCACCACCACCACAGCCAGCUCCCCCCGGUGUCUCACUUCAGCCUCCUCGGUACGGUGUUGGACCUGAAGCCUCUGCACCGGCCGCCCUCGGGAGAUGAAGCGAAGACGGCGCUUGAGGACGAGGAGCCGGAGGAGGCUCCAGACGUCGACUCCUCCUCGGGCUGCACCGGCAGCUCAUUGCUAGCGCAGGCCCACCGCCACCAUCACCUCCCGUCGUCGGGCCCGGGUGGCUCCGCGGUGCCGUCCAGGAUGGAGCUCGCCGAGACGGUGUUGCUGUACAACGGAGGCGAGCACGAUGACACGACGGUCGGCGGCAGCGCCCUGCUACCGUCCAGUAGCAUGGCGAUGCUGCCGCCCGGCGUGUACGGGGAGUCGGGGUACGAGGCCGAAACCUCGCUGUUGGCCCGGCGAAAGAGUGUCAACACGACCGAGUGUGUGGCCGUGCCGAGCUCCGAGCACGUCGCGGAGAUCGUGGGCAGGCAGGGCUGUAAGAUUAAAGCACUCCGAGCCAAGACAAACACCUACAUCAAGACGCCAGUGCGUGGGGAUCAGCCCGUGUUUGUCGUGACUGGGCGUAAAGAAGACGUGGCCAUGGCCAAGCGGGAGAUCCUGUCUGCGGCCGAGCACUUCUCCCUCAUAAGAGCCUCCAGGAACAAGACAGGCCCUCUGUCCACAGCGACCGGUCCCGGGGUGCCCACUCUACCUGGACAGACGACAAUUCAGGUGCGGGUACCCUACCGUGUCGUCGGGCUGGUUGUGGGUCCUAAAGGGGCAACCAUCAAACGCAUUCAGCAACAGACCCACACCUACAUCGUGACGCCGAGUCGAGACAAAGAGCCAGUAUUUGAGGUCACCGGGAUGCCGGAGAAUGUUGACCGGGCGAGGGAGGAGAUAGAGGCGCACAUUGCCCUCCGCACUGGGACCGGUGCAGUGGGUAUUGAGGCUCCAGGUGCAGACAACAACGACUUUCAAUUCAAUGGGACAGACGUCAGCUUCGAGAGUUCCGCUGCAUCAGUCGGGUUGGGAAAGGCCGGUUGGCUUAAUGCAGGUGCAGCACCACCAGGGGGCGGUGGUGGUGGCGGCGGAAGCAGCAGCUUGGUGCCAAUGAGCGUCACUGGUACUCAGCAAAUCAAUAGCAAUAUUAACAGUGGUGUCAGGAUGUCUUCCAACUAUCGCAAUGACAGCUCCAGUUCGCUGGGCAGCGGCUCCAGCUCGGCCGAUUCGUUCUAUGGGAACGGUAACAGGAUGGCAGAUUUCAGCCCCACCUGUCAGUUCAAUGCCAACGCUAACAACAACAACAACAACAGUAGCGCUAGCAGCACGGCUUUAUGGUUCGGAGAGAGCCUUCUUCCUGUGGGGUCUGAGGAGCUGGUCAGCCUGGGAGGUGGCGGCAGCUCCUCGGGAUUUGACGCGUUAACCAUAUCCACUGCCCAAGCGUCGCACCCUGCUGCACAGCCACCCAUCUGGAGCUCCUUUGUGGACCACCAACCCCUGCAGGCCUUCGACGUCCUUCAGUCGCAG